GGAACUGGAGCACCAAAUUUACAAAAGUUAGCCGUUCGUGUUUUAAGUCAAACUUGUAGUUCUUCUGGUUGUGAGCGAAAUUGGAGUAUUUUUGAACACAUCCACACAAAGAAGAGGAAUCGGUUAGAACAUUAAAAGCUUAAUGAUCUUGUUUUCGUUCAUUAUAACUUGAGGCUACAACAAAGGAAUCUAAUGAGAAAGCAAAGCUAUGAUCCAAUUUGUCUUGAUACAUUUGAUGACCAUUCGGAUUGGAUAUUGGAAGAUUCACCGCCGUUUUUAACUCUGGAAGAGGUUGAUGCUCUACGAAAUGAUUUGGCAAAUAUGUCCAUUCAACCAACUUUGGAUGAUCUUGAUCAAUUAAAUUUGGAAGAUGACCAAGAUAACGAUGGACCAAGUAACAAUGCUAUGGAAGAUAUGGAUACAAAUCAAAAUGAGGGAAAUGUUGAUCAAUCUCCUAAUUUGCCCUAUGAAGAUGUUGAUGCUAACUUUAAGCUCACCCCUUGGACUUGAUUUAAUGAUUAUGUUAUCUUUAACUUGCUCUUGUUGAUUUAAAUUGAGAACAUAUUUUAUACUAGAAACUAGUUUAUUAACUCUUCUUUUAGAUUAUUAGUUAUGUUUAAGACUUGAUAUUUGAUUAUUAAUGUUUUUAAG